GCACAAAUAUCGAGGCAACCCCCAAACUAUAUAACGCCAAGGGAAAAAUAAAUUAAAUAUUACCCUUUUUUUAAUAAAAAAGAGAUAGAGAAAAUGAGAAAAUAAAAUGUUACACGGAAGGGGCGAACAUGGAUUAAGCUGCUUCAACCUUCAACUCUUUCUCUCUCUAAAAAGCGCAAAAGCGAAUAACUGAAACCCUAGGCUGUGUUCGUUCGUUACUUCCGUUCCACGCAUUGAAUUCUCUGUGAUCUGAAUCCCUGAAAUGUGCUUCUUUAGGAAUCGGGGUUCCGUCGUUCACCGGUGACCGACAUCCAUGAAGCAAUCUCAUCGGUGGCAGAGGACUCUGAUCCUCUCUCUGCUCUCUCUCUCCGUCCUUGCUCCUCUCGUUUUCGUCUCUCACAGGCUUCAAUUUCUCACUCCCGAUGGACGAAGAGAGUUUCUUGAUGAUUUAUCGAGUGUUACAUACAUGACAGAUCCUUUACGGCUAAAUGCUAUUGAACAGGAAGGCGCUGAAGAAUUAGAAGAGCCAAAGCAAGUUGUUUAUAAAGAAAAAGAUUUUGGUUCGACAAAUAGUUACAUUUCGGAAAAGAUUAAUGAUUCUGACGAAUCUAAAAUUGAGCAGUUGAGAAAUAACCUUUUGGAAAGAAAAGUUUCAGAAGUCGACCAUGACAAAAGACAAGAACAGGAAGCUCAGCAGAAAGGACUAGUAUCCAUAAAUGGGGAUGAGAAAAUAUAUAAUACAACAGUUACCCACAAUCAGAAUAUGCAUAUUCAAUCGCAGAGAAUGACAGAUGAGAAUAUAGAAGGGACAAAUAAGCAAUCUGGUCUAACAGCAACCCAACAUCAUCAGAUUUCACGCCGUCAGUCUCAGAGAGUUACAAAUCGUAAGGUUGAGGAGAUUAAGGAUCAAAUUAUUAGAGCCAGAGCAUACUUGGGCUUUGCUCCACCAAGCAGCAACUCACACUUGGUGAAAGAGUUGAAGCUGAGAAUUAGAGAGAUGGAACGUGCAGUUGGAGAAGCUACCAAGGAUUCAGAUCUGUCAAGGAGUGCUUUGCAGAAAAUGAGACACAUGGAAGGUACACUGUCUAAAGCCAACCGUGCUUUCCCAGACUGCAAUGCCAUGGCUACUAAGCUCCGUGCUAUGAAUCAUAAUGCUGAAGAGCAAGUUCGUUCUCAACAACACCAAGCAACAUAUCUCGUUCAUCUUGCUGCAAGGACCACUCCAAAAGGUCUCCACUGUCUUUCUAUGCAGCUAACUGCUGAUUACUUUGCCUUGAGAACUGAGGACCGGAGGCUUCCAGAUGAAAAUAAGAUUCAUGAUCCAAAACUCUAUCAUUAUGCUGUCUUCUCUGACAAUGUUCUGGCAUGUGCAGUGGUUGUGAAUUCCACUGUCUCUAAUGCUAAGGAACAGACGAAAAUUGUUUUCCAUGUUGUGACCAAUUCACUCAACUUUCCUGCAAUCUGGAUGUGGUUCUUAUUAAACCCUCCUGGCAAAGCUACAGUUCAUAUACAAAGCAUAGAGAACUUUGAAUGGUUGUCCAAGUACAAUAUAUUCAAGAAACAUAAUUCCAGUGAUCCAAGAUAUACUUCUGAGUUGAACUAUCUGCGUUUCUACCUGCCAGAUGUCUUCCCUACCCUAAAUAAGGUUUUGCUUUUUGAUCAUGAUGUGGUGGUGCAACAAGAUCUCAGUAGACUAUGGAAUGCCAAUAUGAACAGAAAAGUAAUUGCAGCAGUUGGGACUUGUCAAGAAGGUGAAACUUCAUUUCACAGGAUGGAUAUGUUCAUAAACUUCUCAGAUCCAUUCAUUGCAAAGAGGUUUGAUGUCAAUGCUUGUACAUGGGCAUUCGGGAUGAACUUGUUUGAUUUACAGCAGUGGAGGAGACAUAAUUUAACUGCAAUCUAUCACAAAUAUUUGCAAAUGGGUUCCAAACGGCCAUUGUGGAACAUUGGAAGUCUGCCUUUAGGCUGGAUCACCUUCUAUAACAGGACUAUGGUUUUGGACAGACGGUGGCACAUUCUUGGUCUUGGUUACAACUCAGAUGUCGAUAGAAAUAAGAUUGAGCGGGCUGCCGUUAUACACUAUGACGGAAUUAGGAAGCCGUGGUUGGAUAUUGCAAUGGGAAGAUAUAAAAGUUAUUGGACCAAAUUUAUUAAGUUUGACCACCCUAUUUUGCAACGUUGCAAUCUCCAGGCGUAGCCCAAAAUCUAAAUAUUACUUUACCUAGCAGGUUUUGUUUCACUAGUUUGCUGGCACAUUAAUUGCCUGCUUCAGUCGAUUCUUUCUUGUUCUUGGCGAUUCUUCUUGUAAAGCCCUUCAUAGCUCCAUAGAAUUUUUUCGUCAUAUAUUUUUUUAGAAGCUUAGCUAAUUUGUAUUGAAACUCAGAUGAAAUAAGACUCGCUUAGGCAUUUUAGCUGCUUGGAGAUGAUAUUGGUUGUUGUGUACAUAAUUCAUUCCCGCGCGAACUGGAAGUUUAAUUUUACUUUUGAGGAACAAAUUUACGUAAUUAUUGAAAUGACGGCGGUCAUUUGUGUUGUAACGUCAAUUAUGCCUUUGUGAUCGUUUUUCCUGUUACAUGAAUCUUGAAGCCUGUGAGAUUC